AUGCCACCAACUCGUACAGAAAAUCGACAAAAAUUGGUGGAACAAGAGGGCAAGAUUCUACUUGCUAUUUCUGAUUUAAAAAAUGGCAGAAUUCGCAGUGUUUUACGUGCUUCAGAGAUCUAUCAAAUUCCUCGUACAACUCUCCGAGAUCGACUCAACGGUAUCGAAUAUAGAGGUGAGAAACGCGCAAAUAGUCAUAUUGUGACUCAAUAUGAAGAGGAAUCUCUUCUAAAAUGGAUUCUUGAUCUUGAUAAACGUGGAUUGCCUCCCCGACCAUCUCUUGUACAAGAUAUGGCUGAUCUUCUUCUUUCUCAACGCGAAAAUAGACACGUCAGUGAGAGAUGGGUUUAUCGAUUUGUUGACCGCCAUCCAGAGGAGAAACUACGGUUUUCACGAAGAUAUAACUACGAGAGAGCAAAAUGCGAGGAUAUUAAGAUAAUCCAAGAGCAUUUUAAUCGCGUACAAGAGGUUAUACAAGAGUAUGGGAUCUUAUCUGAAGAUAUAUACAACUUUGAUGAGACUGGGUUUGCUAUGAGUCUCUGUGCUUCUGCAAAGGUUAUUACAGGUAGUGAUCGAUAUGGAUAUUACAACCUGGUAAUCGCGAAUGGGUCACAGCAAUUGAAGCAGUUAAUUCAACAGGAUGGGCUUUGCCCUCAUAUAUUAUCUUCAAAGCAACAACCUUCUAUCAACAAGGCUGAUGAGAUUGGGUUGCAAUGGCUUCAAAAGCACUUUAUUCCUCAUACGACAAGCCGCACGAAGGGGAGAUAUCGGAUGCUUAUUCUUGAUGGCCAUGGAAGCCAUUUGACACCUCAAUUUGAUCAAAUAUGCACUGAAAAUAAUAUUAUACCAGUUUGCAUGCCACCUCAUUCUUCACAUCUCUUACAGCCUCUUGAUGUGGGUUGUUUUGCUGUUUUAAAACGGCAAUAUGCGCUGCAUGUUGAGCAACGUGUACGGCUCGGAUUCAAUCAUAUUGAUAAAUAUGACUUUCUCACAGCUUUUCCAGAAGCUCGUACAGUGGCAUAUAAGGCUGAAAAUAUUCAGAAUGGCUUCAAAGCAACUGGAUUGGUACCGUUUGAUCCAGAUCAUGUCUAUCAAAAGCUUACAGUUCAACUUCGCACCCCAACACCCCCACCUAGUCGAUCAAGCGAUUCGCAAUCAUCCUGCUUACAAACACCUCAAAAUGCACGUCAAUUUAAGCGCCAAAUAACAACAAUAAAGAAGCGGAUUGAUACUCAUAAAACGAGCCCACUUGAUCGGAUAGCUAAAGCAUACGAAGUUGGCAUGAAACAGUUUGUGAUUAUACAGAAAGAGGUACAUGAUUUACGGGCUGCAAAUGAGAAGGAGAAGCGAAAACGUCAAAGGUCUAAAAGGCAAAUAUCUCACGAAGGAGACCUUACAGUACAGGAAGCCCAGAAACUAAUAAUAAGUCGAGAUCAGGCAUCUCGAUCUAAUCCGGCUGUAUCAGGUGAAUCCGAACCUCAGGCUUCUCAACCACGCGUACGAGAGCCACCGAAGUGCAGUGGAUGUGGGAUUAUUGGGCAUAAAAUCAAUCGAUGCUCAAAUCGUACUACUAGUUAA